GUCCAUGAUUCCUCCCUCCCCUUCAAUAAUUGAUGCAAGACUAUGUUAUGAAUCACAUUUGUUCGCAGGCACCAGCAGUACAGCUGGGCUAGGACUAGGACUACGUCCAGGUGAAGUGCCGAACUGCAGUUGCCAGAUAUCAAACUCCAAGAACGAUUCGUACCGUCAUUUCGAGUCUAUCUAGAUUUGAGUCUCUCGAAUUAUAUACAUAGUUUAUACCGCCAUGCAGCAAGCUCUAGGUAGUAAAGGUUCCAAGGUUCUAUCCUCUCUUGAUAUCACGUGUCAUCAUAUGAUUUUGGGCAAUCCUGAAUCUUCGCACUCAGUGAACGAAGAUCAGUGUUCCUUAACAUUACUCUUUGGCAGCGAGGGAAUAUCGAGCCUCUUUCGGACACCCGAGAAACCCGAGCGAAGCGAGCAUGUUCCAAUUUCCGCGAGACAACUUGAUGUCGAUUUUGAAAAGUGUGCGGCUCAGCGUUUGUAUUUCGAGCCCUUCAUCCAUGCGGCGCAGCACCUUGUCAUAGCCCGCUGUCAAAUUUCCAUAGGCUACUUGCGUUAUGCGUAUCGGCCCCUCUUCGAAGCAUGCAGAUCGCAACACCCACACGUCGUAAAAUAUACCCAACCAGACUUCUUAGUAAUGCGAGUUGAAUAUUGUGCAGGGCUGAGAUCCUUCAGCCAAGAAGAAUCGGAUGACCAUUUUACAGUUGGCCGAUGGUCGUAAUUCGGACUUAAGAUCAUUCCCUGUUGCUUACUUAAGGGAAGUCUUUUGAUUGGCAUGGGGAACGACUUGGGGGUGGGACACUAGGAGUUUGCGGAGGACUGGGAGCCCCGAACUGAGGCGCUUCUUGAGACCUAUAAUUGUUUGGCCCC